AUGCCCCCACGCACAUUCACUCUCGGUCCUAAUCGCCUCUACGUGUGUCUUUUCUGCCUGUUACGACCUUUCAACUGCGUGUUCUCCCCCGCGAACGUCGAUCGGAUCCUGUUUCAGACUGAUCUGCUGGUCUCGUGCAUGCGCGCCACCGCCGAGACCGCUAGCUUAUUUGCUAGCCAGAGCGAGCCCCUCGGUGAAGCCUUCGAUCGUUGGCGCCGUCGCCGUUUGGCUUGGCUACGUCGACGCGGCAUCAAUGCAAUGCCCUGCAUUCUGCUCUUCGAUUCAAUCCCUUCACACUCACGUGUGAGUAAUCUCCACGUCAUUCGAAAAGCAAUGAAUCGUCUAUGUGAGCUUGCCGACAACAUUGAGGAGUAUUCGCCACCGCAGCCCUCCUGUAACAUCCGAUCUUUGUGUGUAGUCGCUGUAUUACCUGAUCAUUACCUACAGGCCGAAUGGAACGUCCGGCGCUCAGAACGCGAUGGUCCCCUCCACUUUAACAAGGAUACCAUCCGUGGCUUUAGCCCUCGUGUGCCGUCGCAAAGCAAUCUCGUUGACUGUGGUAUCUUCCUCCUUCACUACGUGGAAAUGUUUUUCAGG